AUGUCCGAUCAAAUAUUGAUGUUUAACAGCCCAGACAACGUUUCUGAUGAAGAAUUGUCAGCUUUAAGAACAAGAAUAUUUAUAUGUAGAAAUGCCCCAAUUACUGUUGCCUCUGGAUUAGCAGGAGGAUAUUUCUUGCUUAACCAAUUCUGGAUUAAGAGAGCAUUCAAUGUUCCAUUUGCUCUUGGACUUGGAGUCUGUGGAUAUUUCUUGACUUACUCUCAUUUCAGCUCUUCUUACAUGAAUAUGAAAUCAACCUUUACAAAAGGGUCAGAUUUCACUAGCAACAGAGUACAGAAAAAAUCUCAUUUCAUUUCUUCUGGGUCCGAUGUUAUGCAAGUAAUUCAUAAAAGGUGGAUCAGAUAUGCUCUAUCUAAUAACUACUUUGUUGACCAGAAAUAUGAACAUGGCAGAGGUGAGAUACACCUAGAGAAGCCCAACAGACCUUACUAAGUUAUUG